CUACACACGCACAAUACCAAAAACACAUGUUAUUCGCGCAUACUCGAUACCGCGAAAUCGCAUCAGCCCCGUCGCAGCCAACCAGCCAGUUCUGAGGGUCAAAGGCAAGCGAUAGGGUUAGUUGUCUACUGCACUGGACGUGACCGUGUCCGGGACCAACGGGAGCAAACAAGGCCGAGGUUCAAAACAGAAAACAGUGCGUCGCGGGCAGUGCACAACAUUACCCAGACCCGGCAGUGUGUAUCUUAUCAAUCAGCCUUCCAACACGUUGCACCAUCGCUCCGUCACGAAGUGUCUCCACGUCGCCCCCCGAUAAGUUCGUCUUCGUCCGAAGCAGAAGGCUGUAAUAAUUAUCCUUCCAUCCGCACUGCCAACCCCACGGAGGAAGGCAUACACCAAAGUGGCAACAACAAUAGAACACCCCGUAUAGCCUCACAAAAGCAUCAUCGAGAGGGUGAUAUUCUCCCCCCGACUCUUUCCUGCUGGGGCGAAGGCGGAAAGAAAGCGCAGAACGCAAAACAAUCAUCUUGAGCGCGCGUUAUCGAUUGGGCGAUGAUGUGAGACGGGUCGAGCGAAGGACCCCGGGCGUUUGAUGAAAUCCCCUCUUUUGCCUGUGUAGUGUAGUGUGCUUGACGCUGGUGGCUGGACGAACGAUUGCUUGUGCCCCUCGUAAGGUGGCACACUUUUGCACGCGACCGAACCCUCAUCCGGAGGCUGCGGAACAAAAGGAUUUCCACAAACACACACACACAGGCAGACACACACACCCUGGACGGCAAGGAUGAACCCGCGCAUCGUCAUCAUCGGGGCCGGUGCGGCCGGUGUGGCCGCUGCGACGCGGCUCAUCGAGCGGGGCUACAAGAAUCUGAAGAUACUCGAGGCGGAAAAUCGCAUCGGUGGCCGCAUCCACACCGUACCGUUCGGGGCGAACGUUGUUGACCUGGGCGCACAAUGGUGCCACGGUGAGAAGGGAAACGUGUGCUACGAGCUCGGCUCGAAGUACAACGUGUUCGACUCGAACAGUGCCCGGUACGAGCGGUUCGUGCUGACGCGCUCGAACGGCGAACAGAUACCGAAGGAGCGGAGCGAAAAGCUGCUCGGCCUGAUCUGGUCCAUCCUGGAGACGCACAAGCACGAGCUGACCGGGUACCGCGGCUCGCUCGGCUCGUUCAUCAUGGGCAAGUUCCGCGCGCUGCUCGAGACGCCCGAGUACGCGGACGUGAACGACGAGACGGCGUACCAGGUGCUGGAGUUUUUCCACAAGUUCGAAAACUCGAUCGAAGCGUCGGACAGCUGGUUCGACACGUCCGGGCCGGGCUACCUGCACUACUGGGAGUGCGAUGGGGAUUUGCUGCUGAACUGGCGCGACAAGGGCUACCGGACAGUGCUGGAAAUUUUGAUGAAACGCCAUCCACUCCCCACCGCAGCGGAUGCAAUCAAUCUGGAGGACUACACGCACUUCAACAAAACGGUCGCUAACAUAAACUGGACCGCCGGACCGGACAGCUUGGUGUCGGUGCGCUGUACCGACAACAGCGUGUAUGAUGCGGACCACGUGAUCUGCACGAUUUCGCUGGGCGUGCUGAAGGAGCGCUACCAGUCGCUGUUCACGCCCGAUUUGCCUCCGAUCAAGCGGAACGCCAUCCAGGGGCUAACGAUCGGUACGGUGAACAAGCUGUUCCUGGAGUUCGAGAAACCGUUCUGGGCGGCCGGGUGGCAGGGCCUGAGCCUGAUCUGGAACCAGGCCGACCUGGAGGAGGUGCGCAAAAUGCCGGACAGCUGGAUGGAGGACGUGUUCGGGUUUUACAUCGUGGACUAUCAGCCGAACGUGCUGUGCGGUUGGAUAUCGGGCAAGAAUGCGCGCCGCAUGGAGCGGGCGAGCGAUGAGGAGGUCCGCCGGGCGUGCAUGUUUCUGCUGCGCAAGUUUAUGAAGGGCUGUACCGUGCCGGAACCGGUCCGGUUUCAGCGUACUAGCUGGUACUCGAAUCCGAACUUCCGCGGCUCGUACACGUUCCGGUCGAUGACGACGGAUCUGCUGAACACGUCCGCAUCGCACCUGGCCAUCCCGCUGACCAACUCGUGCGGCAUGCCGGUGGUACAGUUUGCCGGCGAGGCGACGCACGAUCACUACUACUCGACCGUGCACGGUGCGGUGGAGACGGGUUGGCGCGAGGCCAGCCGUUUGAUCGAUCUUUACGAUAGGCUGAUACCACCGUUCAACCACGGGCCGAAGGCGUACGUGGACGUGCUGAUCCUUGGCGCCGGCAUUGCCGGCCUGGGUGCCGCCAGGCAGCUGCGCAACUCGGGCAAAAGCUUCGCCAUCCUCGAGGCACAGUCCGUGCCGGGCGGGCGCAUCAGCACGAAGGCGCUGAAAAAGCAUCACACCAGCGGCAGCGGCAAGGGCGGCCACUGUCAGCUGGUGGAGGCGGGCGCCCAGUGGCUGCACGGCCGGCAGAACGAGCUGCACGAGAUGGCGAAGCGCAACGGGCUGCUGCGCGAGGAAACGUCCGAGGAGGGGUUGGGCGAGUUUCUGCGCGACGACGGCUUCCGGAUAGACGACCAGCUGGUGAAGCGGGUCGACUUUAUCGUGGGCCAGAUACUGGAGCAGUGCGAAGAGUUUGCGGCCCGGGCGGCGGCCCCCGAGCGGGACGGCGCGGCGGUGUAUCCCGCCUCGCUGGAGGCGUUUCUGCGCGACCAGUUCCGCAAGCGGAUGGAGAAGGACUUUAGCGCGGAGCAGAAGGUGCUGGCGCAGCAGCUGCUCGACUGGCACUGCCGGUUUCAGAUCAUCGACAACUCGUGCCUGCACGUGUCGGACAUUUCGGCCAAGCUGUGGGGCAGCUACUCGUUCAAUGGGGAAAGCUGCCAGGCGCACAUCAACAUGCGGUACGGCUUUCAGGCCCUGGUGAGCUGCCUGAUCGAGGAGAUCGGCGCGGAGAAGAUCGUGUACAACAAGGCGAUCUGCGAGAUACGCUGGCUGGACGGGCGGGGCAAGGUGAUCGUCAAGUGUACGGAUGGGACGAUCUACUGCUGCCAGCACCUGCUCGUGACGUUCUCGCUGGGCGUGCUGAAGGACACGAUGGACCAACUCUUCCAGCCGAACCUGCCGGCCAGCUACAGCCGAUCGAUACGGAGCAUCGGGUACGGGACGAUCGACAAAAUCUUCCUCCAGUUCGAGGAACCGUGGUGGGGCAAAGCGGAAGGCAUUCAGCUGGUGUGGCGGGACGAGCUGCGCAAGGAUUCGCACUGGACGCGGUUCAUCUCGGGGUUCGAUGUGCUCAGCCCGGGCCCGCCCAAUACGCUGCUGGGCUGGAUUGGCAGCUACGGUGCGCUCGAGAUGGAGGCACUCAACGACGAGCAGAUCGUGAGCGACUGUGUGUUCAUUUUGGAGAAGUUUACCAAGAAGAAAGUACCUAAACCUGUCAAUUAUUACUGCACUAGAUGGAAUUCCAACCGCUACAUCCGUGGGUCGUACAGCUACACCUCGGUCAACUGUGACCACGAGCAGAACUUUAUGUCCAACCUGACGGAAACGCUCGUAUGCAAUCAGUACGACAAGUUGGGAGAGGAAUCGCGCAAAAAGACCCAGUCCCAGCCACAGUCAACGCCAACCGCGGGUGGUACGCGCGCUGGAAGCACGGGCACGUCGACGAGCACCCCAAGUGGCCACAGCACGAGCAGCAGCAACAGCAGCAACACACUGACCAACGUCCAGCCAAGCUCAACGCAACGGGGCAGCAACACACCGACCAAGGUAACGACGGUUCAGAUGGCAGCCGAUUCUCUAGCAACCACUGCCUCGAACAGGCCGCCUUCUACCCCAGCCAGUACACCAGCGAAAACGAAACCACCGGUCGCGGGAAGCGCCAACGUGAGUGGUAGUGUAAAGCCGAGUGCAACCAUACAUUUCGCCGGGGAAGCUUGCCACGAACGCUACUUCUCGACCGUUCACGGCGCGUACCUGUCGGGGAUGGAGCAGGCCAAGAAGAUACUGUUACUUGACCAGCAACAGUAGUGUAACCAAGUUAGCACUUCCUAAUAAUGCGACGCAAUCAUAUACAAUCGGUGAAACGGAAUCAAAAACCAAUCGCGAUGGAGUCGAUCAAAACAGUAGAGAACAGCAGAGCAAUGUAGCAAAACUAAGCAGACAAAAAAACAACUCUAUUUAGGUUUUAGGUUUCGUGUCAGACACAAACCGGGAUGAUAAUUUAGUCAGUAAGCUGAGGUAGCAAAGCAAUGCCAUUUAUGCAUCCAACUCCCAAACAAAACUGGGAACUGCAAUGGGAAGCAGUUGUAGCAAUUCAUAAGUAGGAAACAAUGUUUAAGAAAAAGGAACACGCAAAAGGCGUUGAUCUAUUUAGCUUCUAUCGUAGAGCGAGUAGGACGAAAGUAUAUUAAAGGGCAGGUAGGACAAGCUAGGCAAAUUGUGAGUAGGGUCAUCAUAUCGUUCAGUGCCCUGUAUCUUCCAUAGAGCAGUUGUUCUAAUCUACGUUCUUCCAUUUUUUAAUUUUCUUUUUAAUUACAAGAUUCUCCUUUCAUGUGCUGUUCAAACACAGAUACAUUGAUUAAUCUUCCUAACACAAUUAAAUUCAUCAGAAGAACCAAGCAAACUAUUGUGAAGCUCAGCUUCGUUACAGGUGUGCAUCGUGAACAAUUCUAAUACUUUGUUUUCUGUUUUUUUAGAGCUAGUAACUAGAAAGAGAUAAACAAUUCACAUCCUGAAAA